ACACACACAGACAGAGGACAGCCUCUGUAAGGAAGACAGCAGGACAAUACGACAUCAUGAAGGAUUUGUCUCUGUCCUUGCUGAGUCGGGGGUGCGGUCGAUUCGUCUCUUACAACAAAAACACAGGGAGACAUGAUGGACGACUGGAUGUCUGCUUCACACCACAGGAUUACUACAUCUGGAAGUCCCAGGACUCUCACCUGAGACUUUCCAACAGUGGCAGUCUGGUAGUGGAGACAGAGUCAACUCUUCCAAAGACUUACAGCACUCGUAGGGGGCCACUGCUUUUGUACUCUCAGGACUUGGUAACAAUGGAAGCCAGCUGUGACCCAGUGACCAGAGACCGGAAGCGACGGAUUGUUCGGCAGUACACUCAACAAGUGGAACAGCAACUCAGCACCCUUAAAGAGUUAUCAGCCGCCAUUUUGAGCUACGGAAACACUCAGUUCACAUCCUCCAGACUUGGUCCACUCUUCUUUCCUCCUCCUCAUUUCCCUGUCGCUCCAGACCUUCAUCAUCCCAGUCCUCCGUCACCAGACUUGACUCAGGAGCAGCCCAGACCAGAGUUACUUAUACAGUUUGAACCUCGGUUGCAUACUGCAGAGAGAAGCACUGAGCAACUGGAGAAUCAACCCAAAGCUCAAGAGGCGGAGCAGAGCAGCAGUAAGAAGGUCAGACUGGAUCUGUUCCUCCAGAUACCCUGUACCUCAAGGACUCCAACCCCACAGAGGGAGCCUCAGACCUGGGUACACUAUGCAGCAAUGACUCCUGAAGAACCUGAAGAUCCUCAGACUAGCGAAGACAGGAGUCUGCAGCUGUCUGAAAGUUCACAGCACACUGAUAUAAACCACCACAGUUUUGGAGGAGAGCUCCAUCAUCCAAACAUGAACUGGGUCCACGAUGUGGCCAAUGAUUGGGACUGUUCAAAUCAAGACAGUGGAACGACCAGUGAUGAAGGAAACUGUGACAGAUUGAUAAGCGGAAACAGACAUGGAAGGACAGGUCUUCUUCCUCCUCUGACAGUGGGACAUUCAGUCUGUAAUGGAGAGAUGACAGACAGGCCAAGAUGGAACAGCCCCAACAGGGAUGAAAGUCAGACAUGGUGCCUGCCGCCCAUAGCAGAGAGCCGGGCGGUCCAGGUUCAGACCCAGCAUGACGCCCAACCAAAGACGGACAGAGUCCAGUUUCAGUCCCAACAGAAAGUGAACAGACUCCAUCAGCAGCUGCUGUUUCUUCCACAGCAGUUUCCUGCAGAAAAUGAGGAGAUAUGUGGGAAACAGAGAAGAGGAGAAAAACCAGAAAGACAUUUCCAUAAAAAAGAGACAGCAGAUCAACCAGGAGGUGGAGGAAGACUUCCCUCUGAGAAAGGUUUUAUAAUUCAGCUGAAUCCAGGAGAAGAGCCUCCUCCUCCAGUAGGAGUGUUGGGUUGUGUUGCAGGACGGAAAGGCCCGGGCAAACAGAGCUCUUUGGCCUUCUUAAAGAACCGACUGCUCGACCUCCAGGAUCCCUGUGAAUCCAGCGAUGCUAAUAGAGGCGUGGUUAGAGGUGUUCUGCCUCUGGAGCUGAGAGAUCUGCAGAAUGGCAAAUCUGUUGGCAGUCUGAUCCUGGGUCCUGAUGGGGAGAUCAUUCAACUGUCGCUGUACGAGAGCAGCCUGCAGGACCCAUCUCAGCCUGAUGUCCACGCACAGGAGCGAGCUCUCCAGGUUUUGUCUGCAGAUGGCAAGAAGUUACCCUGGGUCAUUGUACUGCAGCCUGAACCCACAAACACAGACGAAGGGCUGGAGCCGAACACUGAUGUUCCCGUGUGUGACGUCCAGCUCCAUCACUCCUUACAUAAGCUCUUAGAUUUCAGCGGAGCCUGCUCACUCAGCAGCCACACAGACUCAGCUGGGAUCAAGACAAAAACAAAGGAAGCUGCCGAGGCAGCGGCGGGGGCCUGGAUCAAGGAGGAUAAAAACAAUGGAAACACUGAGGCAGAGGAGGAGGAUGAAGAGGAGGAGACAGGUUUGUUUUCAGAGAAUCUGCAGUUUGAGUCUGAUGCAUCAUGCAGCCAGCAGAGAUUCAGCCCAGAUGAAGCAACAACAGAGGACGCAGAGGACAAAAAGAGGAAGACUACUGAGAGGAAGGAGGCAGAAGUUGCACCAGCGUCAGGCAAACGGGCGGUGAAAACAGUGAAAAGUGCAGCGUUUGAUGGACAGAAGACCUCAAGGACGAGGAAGGACGGAAGGCGGCAGAAGACAGGAAGUGAUGGUCAACCAAUCAGGAGCCAGAAACAUGAGGGGCAGAGCGGCAGAGACUCAGCACAGACUCAGGAUCAGACUGCUGUCAAAAAGAAAAUAACAGGAGAGAGAGGAGGAGUGAAGAUGAAUGAAGAGAGAGAAGGAGUGAAGAUGAAUGAAGAGAGAGAAGAAGAGUCUGCUGAGAGGAAGAGGAGGAGGAGGAGGAGGAGAGGAAGGCUCCAACACAAAGACCCAGAUGAAGAAAACCCUGUGGAGCUCCUGAAUAAAGAUAAGGAGGAAAUCAGCCAGGAAGUGGAAGAAGAUUCAAACCUUAUAUCCACCAGUAGACGCUCUGCAACACAAAGACGCAAAAACAAAACAAAAGCUGACCCAGAGGAGGACGCAGAGCAACUCUCCACCAACACUGGUCAACACAGCAGCGUCCAAUCAGUGAGCUCGCUCAGGUCCCAGCUGAACCAGAGGAGCUCCAGGAGGUCUGCGGCCUCCUCCUCCUGUGAGGCGGCGGCGGCGGCCAGCUUCACGGGGCUCGCCUCAUCACGAGGACGCCUGUCGUCAUGUUCAACUGUCAUGAUCACAGAGGAACAGCUGAUGCUGAACCCAGUGAAACCAGAAUCCUCCAGGAGGAGUCAGCAGCAGGAGGAGCAGAAGGAGGCUGCAGCUUCGCACCGGGCCCAGCGAGCAGAGAGACGGAGGCAGGAGGUGGAGAGGAAGAGGAGGGAGCAGGAGGAGGAGGAGAGGAAGCAGCAGGAGAGGGAGCAGACGGAGGAGAGGAUGAGGAGCGAGCUGGACGGGGAGAGGAGAAGAAGAGCCGAGGAGCUCAGACUGAAGAAGCUGGCGGAGGAGGAGGAGAGGAGGAGGCGCGAGGAAGAGGAGCAGGAGCGAGCAAGGCGGGAGCAGGCGCAGAGGGAGAGAGAGAAGAGGAGGCAGGAGGAGAGGAGGAGGCAGAUGGAGGAACUGCAGAGGAGGCGAGAGGAGGAGGAACAGAGGAGGAGAGCUGAAAAGGAGCGCCAGCACCUGGAGGAGCAGCGGAGGCAGGAGGAGGAGGACAGGAAGCUGCAGGAGAUGGACGAGAGCGAGAGGACCGAGUACCUCUGCAGGAGGAGACAGGAGGAGGAGGACAGGAGGAGCAAAGAGGUGGAGCAGAGGAGGAGAGAGGAGGAGGCUGCAGAGGAGGCCAGGCUGCAGGCCGAGCUGCUCGCCAGGCAGAUGGCGCUGCUGCAGCAGCAGCUGGCCUUGAGAAGACGUCUGACUUUAGAGGCUGGAGGUCUGGAGAAGAGUCAGGGCAUCUCCAGGCCCUGGAUCUACUCCUACUUCACUCUGUUACAGCUGCUGGAAAUAAAUAAAGCCAAGGCCACGAGCCCUGACCCCUGACCUCUGACCUCUGACCUCCGUCUGAGGUUUUAGUUUGAUGAACUCGUGUUUGAAUAUCACUAAAUCAAAAGGAAUGGAUAGAAACAUCUGAAAUACAUAUUUAAUUUGUCAACAUACAUCUGCUUUUAUUAUUAUUAUUAUUUUUGUCUUAGUUUAUAUGAAAACAAAAAAUUCACAUCAUGUUGUCUUUGUGUUAAUAUCUUUAAUAACUGCUGAUAAUGAAAGAUGUUGAAUCUGAGAUGUGUUGUUCUGGAUCUGGACUACAAAU